AUGCCUCGAAAACGAUCAUGGAUUGAAUUUAGCGUCCACAGACUAUUAUUAUCGGCUGCAGUAUUAUCAGGUGCUGCUUCCGCCUCAGGCUAUCAUCCGCCCUCUCAACAAGUCCCCAUCUUACCCCCCCAGGUACCUUUGAAUGGAGCGGAGGCUACUCUAGAUACCCACGAAUUUUCCUUACGCCACAUCUUCCACCGAGGUACCUAUGAACAACCCGACCUUCAUGCCAGACUCGACGUCAAGCCAGACACUCGCCUUCGAACUGUAUCCGAAAAUGGCUACGGCGAACAAUAUAUUGCAUCAGAGUCCUCUCUGCUUGCUUCAUCUAGUCCUCUCACAAUACAACGGUUAGUCGACCGACGACUGCCGGUGAUUCAAGGGCACUUGGCAGCUGCGCGGUCUUCGGGCUUUGCGGCCGCCUUGUCUCCACUGGAAUGGGCCAUGGAGACCGUGUAUGGGCCGAAUAUUACAGACAAGCAGACUGUCUUGUCAUUUGCACAAAUGACCGCAAAUGACUACAUCGAGGAGCCUGGAACAGGACAGUGGCACACUAUCCAUGGCAAGUUCAACUAUUCGGGGAGCUUCGGUUGGCAAAAGGAUGGGCUGAGAGGGCACAUCUACUCCGAUAAGACAAACAGCACUGUUGUCAUUUCCUUGAAGGGCACUUCGCCGGCUCUCUUCGAUGGUGCAGGUACCACAACGAACGAUAAAGUCAAUGAUAAUCUAUACUUCAGUUGUUGCUGCGGCCAAGGAGGCUCAUAUCUAUGGAGACAAUCCUGCGAUUGCCAGAGUGCUACAUACACGGCAAACCUGACAUGCAUCGUCGAGUCUAUGACUGAUGAAAACCGGUAUUACCAGGCAGCGAUCGACCUAUACUCUAAUGUUACCGAGAUCUACCCGGACGCAAAUAUUUGGAUGACCGGCCAUUCCCUAGGUGGUGCAAUGACAAGUCUGGUUGGAUUGACGUUCGGGUUGCCUGUGGUCACUUUCGAGGCCAUCCCAGAGGCAUUACCCGCAGCUCGACUUGGUCUUCCAAGCCCGCCAGGGUAUGACCCACGAUUUCCACAGUCGCGACAGUUCACUGGAUCUUACCACUUCGGACAUACAGCAGACCCAGUCUAUAUGGGAACCUGCAAUGGAAUCAACUCUAUCUGUACAUGGGGUGGCUAUGCGCUGGAGUCAGCGUGUCACACCGGACAACUGUGCACAUAUGACACUGUGGCAGACAAGGGCUGGCGUGUCGGUCUUGGCACCCACAAGAUUGAGAACGUGAUAUCUGAUGUGAUUUCGAAAUACGACAGUGUUCCCUCAUGUGUCGCAGAGGAAGAAUGUUUUGACUGUGAACUCUGGAAGUUCUUCCGAAGCAACGGGUCUGAGGCCACAACUACUACAACUACCACCACGACUACUUCAUCUCCCACCAGAACUUCUACAUGCAAGACGCCCGGGUGGUGGGGGUGCCUGGAUGAAAGCACGACCGCUACUACUACGACUUCACUGACAAGCACCACUACUACGACAUGCCUGACUCCUGGUUGGUUCGGAUGCAAUGAUCCUACCACAACAGCCACUCCAGCACCCAUAGUGACUACCACUUUGCCCACGGUUACUGCAACGACCAGCUGUCAUGAUCCAGGUUGGUUUGGCUGCCGCGAUGAAACUAGCACGGUAGCCACGACUACCGCUAAUCCUGCCUCGCCCACUUCAGCGAUCUGUCAUACCCCGGGAAUAUUUUGGGGAUGCUGGGACAAGUCCACUAACAUGCCUAACAUGCCUGCGAUCACCUCGGUGCUCACUCCUACCAGCUAA